AAACUUUUCAAGGUUCGCAUUGAGUUUGUGGAGAGAGUUUCUGAGGAAAUCCUGACUCAGCUCCUCGAUGGCCUUGAGGCAGAUGGCAUCUUUAAACGUUCAGAGAAAGAAGAAAUACUUCAGAAGAACCCAAUCAGAGCAAACAAGGCCCGCGACACCAUCGAUGCUGUGAUGAAGAAAGGACAGAGAGCCUGCAGACUGAUGAUCAAACGUCUUCAUCAAAUAGAUCCUACCCUGUCCAAUCAGCUGAGUUUGUCCUCCGAUUCCUCUGAUUUAGAUUUUGAUGAUCGAUGUCAACAUGACCUCAAAGAGUCUCUAAAGGACACCUUCCAAUCUAUCUUUGAAGGCAUUGCGAUACGUGGAGAGAAAACCUCUCUGAAUGAUAUUUACACAGAGCUCUUCAUCUUAGAAGGAGGAAGUGCAGGGGUCAAUCAGGAACAUGAGGUCAGACAGAUUGAAACAGCAUCCAGUAUUCAAGGAACAAAAAUAAAACGGGAAGACAUCUUUAAACCCAACCCUGGUAGGAAGCAUCGGAUAAGAACAGUGAUGACCAUGGGAGUGGCUGGCAUUGGCAAAACACUAUUAACACAGAAGUUCACUCUGGACUGGGCUGAAGGCAAAACCAACCAAGACAUUGAUUUCAUAUUUCCAUUCACGUUCAGAGAACUGAAUAACUUGAAAGAAGAAACUUUCAGCCUGGUGGAACUGAUUCAUCACUUCUUUGACAAAAUUAAAGAUGCAGGAAUCUGCAGCUAUAAAAAGUUCCAGGUUCUCUUCAUCCUUGAUGGCCUGGAUGAGAGUCGACUUCCUCUGGACUUCAAGAAGAAUCCAGUCCUGACUGAUGUUAAAAAGUCUACUUCACUGGAUGUUCUGCUGACAAACCUCAUCAGGGGGAAACUGUUUCCUUCUGCUCUCCUCUGGAUAACCACACGACCUGCUGCAGCUGGUUUGAUCCCAGAUAACUCUAUUGACAUGGUAACAGAGGUCAGAGGGUUCACUGACCCCCAGAAGGAGGAGUACUUCAGGAAGAGAUUCAUAAAUGAUGAAGAAAAGGCCAGCAGGAUCAUCUCCCACAUCCAGAAAUCAAAAAGUCUCCACAUCAUGUGUCACAUUCCAGUCUUCUGCUGGAUCACUGCUAAUGUUCUGGAUAAUGUGAUAAAGACCAGAGAGGGAGGAGAGCUGCCCAUGACCCUGACUGAGACGUACAUAGAGUUCUUGUUGGUUCAACUCUCAAUCAAGGAGGACAAAUAUGAAGAAAUAGCUGAAGAAUAUCCAGAAAACAGGAAGCUGAUUGAGUCUCUAGGUAGUCUGGCUUUUGAUCAGCUGCUGAAGGGAAACCUGAUCUUCUAUGACAAAGACCUCAAACGGUGUGGCAUCAAGAUCAAAGAUGCUGCGUUGUUCUCCGGAGUUUUCACCCAGAUGUUUAAAAAGGAGAAAGGGAUGCGCAACAAAUCCAUCUACUCUUUUGUCCAUCUGAGCAUCCAGGAGUUUCUGGCUGCCGUCUACAUGCUCCACUGCUUCACCAGCAGAAGAUCAGAGGUGAUCAAGACGUUCCUGGGAGAAAAAUACAAUAAAACAUCUCUAGAUGAGCUCAUGAAGAAAGUCAUGGAGAAAUCCUUCUGCAGUAAAAAUGGCCACCUGGACCUGUUUGUCCGCUUCCUUCAUGGUCUCACUGUGGAGUCAAACCAGAGACUCUUAGAAGAUCUGCUGGGUCAGACAGAGAACAGUCCAGAAACCAUCCAGAGAAUCAUCACCAACCUGAAGGAGAUGAGCAGUUAUUAUAUCUCUACUGACAGACGCAUCAACAUCUUCUACUGUCUGAUGGAGAUGAACGACGUCUCAUUUUAUCAGGAGAUCCAACGGCUGCUGGAUUCAGGGAAGAAACUCUCACUGACUGACUGUUCAGCUCUGGCCUUCAUGCUGCAGAUGUCAGAGGAGGUUCUGGAUGAGUUGGACCUGGAGAAGUACAACACAUUACCAGGUGGACGACAUAGACUGGUUCCAGCUGUGAGGAACUGCAGAAAGGCUCGAUUUGGUGGUUGUAGUCUCGGAAACACUGAAUGUGAAGUUGUGGCCUCAGCUCUGAAGUCCAACCCAGAUCUCACUGAACUGGAAAUAAGAAGGAUCUACAUAGAAGAAGGUGAAGACUCUGAGAUGAAGAAUCUGAUUGAGAUCCUGGAGAGUUCAGUCAGUAAAGUGAAGAAUCUGAGAUUGAUGGACUGCAGUUUGUCAGAGACCAGCUGGACKUCUCUGUUCUCAGCUCUGAAGUCCAAACCGACCCAUCUGACAGAACUGGACCUGAGCAGAACCAACCUGGGAGAUUCUGGACGGAAAGAGCUCUGUGGUUUUCUACAGACUGAAGGCUGCAGACUGGAGAAAUUGUUGUAUGUAAUUAUAUGAUUAUUGAUAUUUCAGUGAAUAAUUAUAUAUAAUUGAUCAUAAAUCAAAGUUCAUAUCUUCUGUUCUAAUAAAUAUUUUCUGAGUUUGUUCCUGGACUU